AUGGUGGAGUUUGCUCCCUUGUCCGUGCCUUGGGAGCGCAGGCUGCAGACACUGGCGGUCCUACAGUGGGUCUUCUCCUUCUUGGCCCUGGCCCAGGUCUGCGUGGUCAUCUUCAUAGGCCUCCUCUUCACAAGGUUCUGGCUCCUCUCCAUCCUGUAUGCCACCUGGUGGUACCUGGACUGGGACAAGCCGUGGCGGGGCGGCAGGCCCAUCCAGACCUUCAGGCGCUGGGCCAUAUGGAAGCACAUGAAGGACUAUUUCCCCGUCUCGCUGGUCAAGACCGCUGAGCUGGACCCCUCCAAGAACUACAUUGCGGGCUUCCAUCCCCAUGGAGUCCUGGCAGCCGGAGCCUUUAUCAACCUGUGCACUGAGAGCACGGGCUUCUCCUCGCUCUUCCCGGGCAUCCGCCCCCAUCUGAUGAUGCUGAACCUGUGGUUCCGGGCCCCCUUCUUCAGAGAUUACAUCAUGUCUGGGGGGCUGGUCACGUCAGAUAAGGAGAGCGCUGCUUACAUUCUGAACAAGAAGGGCAACGGGAACCUGCUGGCCAUCAUUGUGGGGGGCUCCCAGGAGGCACUGGAUGCCAGGCCUGGGGCCUUCACGCUGCUACUGCGGAAUCGAAAGGGCUUUGUCAGGCAGGCCCUGAUACAUGGGGCAGCUCUAGUGCCGAUCUUCUCCUUUGGGGAGAAUAACCUAUUUGACCAGGUGCAGAACUCUUCUGGCUCCUGUUUGCGCCGAGUCCAGAAUCGGCUGCAGAAGAUCAUGGGCAUCUCCCUCCCCCUCUUCCACGGCCGCGGCAUCUUCCAGUACAGCUUUGGUUUCCUGCCCUACCGCCAGCCCAUCACCACCAUCGUGGGAAAGCCCAUCGAGGUGCAGAAGAUACUGAGGCCCUCAGAGGAGGAGGUGGACCAGCUCCACCAGUGCUAUAUCAAUGAGCUAUGCAACCUCUUUGAGGCCCACAAGUCCAAGUUCAACAUCCCUGCUGACCAACACUUGGAGUUCUGUUGA